UAUGUUAUUGAGUCGCUAAAGCAACUAGGAAUCUACUUUAUCGACCCAUUUUAAACCUAAAAAAUGUUUAAAACUCGCCUAUUAACCAAAAACGUGACCCAUUUUGUAAAAAACUGGCCUUUAAGUAAAUGCUUGUCGUCAGUUUCUCACAUUCUGGGGACCCACAAAACCGGAGAUGUCGUCACCGUGAAGGGGUGGAUUAAAUCGUUACGCAACCAAAAAGAACACAUUUUUGUCGACUUGAGCGACGGUUCGACUGACCGCAAGUUGCAAAUAUGCGUCUCCAAACAUUCUGGUCACAAUCUAACUACGGGUGCGUCGAUUAUAGUGUCGGGGCCCCUUUCCCUAUCACCCAAAGGACAGCUCGAACUAUCCGCCAACAAUAUUGAAGUCUGCGGCAAAUGCGUAGUGACCGAGGGUUACCCGUUCGCACCCAGAAAACACUACACCCCCGAGUACAUCCGUCAGUACCUUCAUUUCAGACCCAGAACUAACAAAUUUAGCGCGUUAUUGAGAGUGAGGAAUGCCGCAACGCUAGCUAUUUACAACCAUUUCGACUCGGAGGGUUUUGUAAACGUGCACACCCCGAUUUUAACGUCGAACGAUUGCGAGGGCGCGGGUGAAGUUUUCCGGGUGUUGCCAGAGAGUGCGAAUUUAGUAAAGUCGAUGAUGAAAGAGGGGCAGAGUGAGGACGAGGUGUACUUUAACAGAAAGGCGUUUUUGACGGUGUCAGGGCAGCUGCAUUUGGAGGCGGCAGCUCAUGGCUUGAGCAAAGUGUACACGUUCGGGCCCACCUUUAGAGCGGAAAACUCGAGGUCGCGGCUGCAUUUGUCCGAAUUUUACAUGGUAGAAGCGGAGGUUGCUUUUGUGGAUAAACUUGAAGAUGUUACGGGUUGCGUCGAAACUUUGAUCAAAAAGGUCACAACUGAAGUGGUUAAUAAGGCGGGGGAAGAUGUAGAGAGGUGUCAGGAUGUAAAGCAGGGGUGCACGUGGGUUGAUAAAAAAUUUCCGGUGGUUGCGUAUAAAGAGGCUGUGGAUAUUUUGGAUAAGAAUAGAGAUAAGUUUAAGGAGAAGGUUCAUCCCAGGGAGGGAUUAGGGAAAGAACAUGAGUUGUUUUUGGUUGAGUAUUGUGGAAAUGUUCCUGUUUUCGUGGUGGAGUGGCCUAAAGAAAUGAAACCUUUUUACAUGAGGGAGAGUGAAGCUGGACUGGUUUCUGCUUUUGAUUUGUUGGGGCCGAACGUGGGAGAAAUUGUUGGGGGGAGUUUGCGUGAAAACGACUACGAUAAAUUACGGAAAAAAAUUCCUGAAGAAAAUUCGCACCUAGAGUGGUAUUUGGAGUUGAGGAAGUUUGGUUCAGUUCCAACUGGAGGUUUUGGGUUGGGUUUUGAACGGUACUUGCAGUCGCUCUUGGGUAUUGGGAACAUUAAAGACGCAAUCCCUUUUCCAAGGUGGCCCCACAAUUGCAGUUUGUAAAAAAUAAUAAAAAAAAACAAGUUUGGAAUGAAAGCUAACAUUUAUUAAGUAACUAUAUACAUCAGAAAUUAAUACCAUGUACUUAUAUUCAAACCAUUUAUUAACGUGUAUAAGAAAACGUUAGAUACAAGGUUGUAUACACAUGAUUUUUUAAAAAAUAAAUUUAUUUUCAACAAA